ACACCUUUUAAAAUAUUGUUUACACUCUAUAGUGACUGCCCGCAUAUAAAAAAUUGUAAAAAAAUAAAAAUUUUAAUGCGUUUAGUCAAAGAAUGAAGCCCUGUUUCAACUAAAGAUAUAAGGAAAAAGUUGUUAAACCAAAAUAAAUGAUUUUGGGAUUUUAAUUUGAAAUGUUUCACCCUUUACAAAUACAAAUGGAUAUUUAAGCAUGCAUUAUUAUGGAAUACAUCAGUUUGGAAGGAGAAGUUCAGGAUCUGUAGUGGAAAAACACCAACAGAUCAGCUGUCAUAUCUGAAACCCUCGUUCAUUUAGUUUUUACAGAUCCAGCAGAGACUAAUGCGCUUAUCCAGGUCUUAAUAAUGUGUUUCUGUUGGGGGUUAGACACCUCCUCCCUUCGCCUCCGUCUGCUCCUCCUUUGUCCUCACGUUAGACUGCUACCAUCUGCUCUGUUGUUGUUGAAAGCCUUAACACUUGUGCUGCCUCCUUUCACUCCGCACGAGCGUUUGUUCUGCGGACGCUCGGCUUCGUCUUUUUCAAAGACGGCGGCGUGACGUCAGCGUCCAAGGCUGUGGAAACCAACCCGGACAGGAUGCUCCGCGGUGUGAACCCCGCAACCUCCGCCCGCAGCGCGGCCCUGCACGCGAAGCUCUCCACCGGGUCAUGAGAGGAGCCGCAGUGUUCGGUAGAUGCGACAAUGAAAAACCGGACUCCGGAGCAGAAACUGCCGAAUCUGAUUCCAGCAGGAUGUCCCUGUCUGUCUCUGAGCCCCUGGCUGGGCGGGUCAGGUCGCCAUGGCAGCGGCGGCAGCAGCUCCUGCUGAUGAAUGUGCAUCUUCUGGCCAACCCUGGAGACUCCCUGCUGUUGCAGCAUUCUCUGGACCGCCUGCUGCGCUGGCUGUGCCCGAGCCUCCGCAUCUUCCACGUUUCCGAGAGGGCCUCCCCUUUCAGAAGCUUCACGCCUCCAAGUCCGGUGGCAGGCUACCCCUCUUUGGCCAUCACUUUCUUCCUGCACGAAGCCUACGGAGAGGAGCGGAUUCUCAAGGUGCUGGACAUCUUCCAGCGGCCGCCGUGGCAGUACCACCACACGGAGAGCUGCAGUGGCAGAACCGGAGGGAUCCACGUCGGCGGCUCUGCCUCCACCGGCCUUCUGCGGCCCUACUUGCUGCCCAGCAGAGACUUCUACAGUCUGGGCGGGGGGAUGCCUGUGUGGGGCGUGCGACCCGUCCACUGCGGCGGGGAAAUAGUGCGAGUGACUCUGUACAGUUGCCACGGUAACUAUGACGAUGCUGUGCGGCUCUACGAGACGGUCCUGCAGCGCCGGGCAGAGGAGCAGAAGGCCGGCUUCUGCUGGUUCACCCUCCACACAGAGCCCGGCCUCACCCUGCAGCUGGCACUGAAGCAGUUAUCCCCGGGGGUUCGGGUGGAGCCGUGUGACUCUGCUGUUCUGCAGUUUAGCGUGGAAGAAAUUGGCCAGCUGGUUCCGUUGUUGCCAAAUCCCUGCACCCCCAUCAGUCAGACGCGCUGGCAGACAGAAGACCUGGACGGCAACAAGAUGCUCUUCCAGGUAAAAGCUCCAGCCCGGCCUGAGCAGCCUCUCACCUGUGCUUUUCCUCUUACGUUAACCCACGUGGCCCCCCAGGGCCCCAAGCUGAGGAGUUUGACUCAGGGCAGCAGCCGCUCAGCUCCCUUCUGCUGGCAAACCCACCGGCAAGGACAGCGGCCCCGCAGUGACCCCGCCCCGGAGAAGCUCUGUGGAGGAGCAGGAAGUCUGGGAAUGGGGAGCUGCUGCAGCACACCUCCCGGGAGCUCCUGUUACUCCUCUCAGCGCAGCAGCCCAUCUCAGCUCUCAACCUCCCUCCUUCCUACGGACUCUCCUCCGGGCACCUCCAUCACCUGUUCUCUCCCCCACCUCCCACCGGAGGAGGAGGAUGAUGAGGAGUCAGAGACGAAUGUUGACACAGGAGUUGCAGUUUCUCCCUGCUCCGACUCCGCAGUCGUAGGAGUUCCUCGCUCCUCCUCGGUGGACCUCCUGAUGAGCGUCCUCCCUGACGGACCUUCAGUUGCUGUGGUUAAGGAGCGGAAACAGACGCCCCAGCCGAGGCCACGUGGGCUGUGGGUCUCCACAGACCCGCUCUUGGAGAACAGCGCGGGGUCAGAACAGAACCGCUUUGUCCAGAACAAGACUGAGCAGUUCUCUGCAGGAACACGCAGUGAAGAUCCAGCUGACGAGUUCUUCAUCUGAGUCUGAGUUUGGCUCCGACGGAUUUCUGCUAAAAGAACAUGCCUUGCUCAAUGGUAACCUUAUUGAAAUGGAGGAACUCACUGUUGGAAUGUAAAACAGUGAUUCAUGAUAAACAUUCCAAACAUUGUUUUUGCUCUCUAAUGUAAAAAAAAAGAAAGAAAACCUGGAAAAAAGGCUGGAUUUCCAAAAUCUGAGGGAACCGUUCCAAACCCCCAACCUUAAAAGAUAAUCCUGAAGCUGAGCUAAAAGUAAAACGCCUCAAUCCUGGGAAAAUAUGUUAAUUAAUGUUUUCUUUGAAAUGCCACGUUUGUUCCAACAGCCAGACGAUUGGAGAUGAAUGAUGGGAGCAACAUAAGAGGUGAACAUUUUACAUUUAGACUUGACAGUGACUUUGGCAGCUGCUUGUCUAUAAUCCAGAUUAGGAUUAUGAGGAAGAGUUGUGUACAAACGUGGCACAAACAGCCCUUGUGCUAUCCUAGGCACUUUACCAUUGGGAGUUGGGUCAUCUAGACCCACUAGACAGUGCUCUGAACCUUUUUUCUUCAAUGAUUUGUGAUCUUCACUGGUGUCCAUGGAUUACAUGAAAUCUUUCCACCUUUAUCCACCUUUGUCAUGGUAGGAAGAACACGUCACUGUAAGGGUGGGGUCAUCUAACAUAGCACAAGGGUUAGAUCAAAAGGUCUUUUGCUUCAGAGCGGUGACACUUCAGGAUCCUGAAGAUGCAUUUGACAGAAAUCUAAAACCACGGACAAUCUGGCCAAAUUAGGAUUUUCAUCCUUUAUGUUUUAAAGUAAAAUUCCAACAGAAACAUUUCUCUUUCAUCCUGACAGAAAAUAGGAUCUCACCAUCAAAAGUGCUUCACGCUCUGAUCAUACGAAACCUCUAGAUAAACAGCAGAUCUGAUCAAAGUUGAAACUUAUUUGAUUUAUUGUAAAUUUAGAUCAUAAAUUUACCAUCAAAAUGAAAAACAGAAAUAUUUAGAUUCUUUUUUUGUGCUUGUAUUGGAUGCUUUCGAUGUUUGGUUGGCAGGUGAGUGU